AUGGUGGCCUGUGAUGUUUGCAGCGCUUGGCACCAUUUCAAGUGUGCUGGUGUCGACCACACAAUUAAGGACCGUAAAUGGAUGUGCAAUAAGUGCGUCGGCGGCGAGUCCUCCGGUCUACUCAACGCGCCCCAAACGAAGGACAAGACGGGAAAAGGAGGUGCAAGUCGCACGUCUAAGUCACGCAGCAAGAAAGGCGAGAAAACGAUCGGAUCUAAAGUUAGUGCCACGUCCAGUGCUCGUGCCGCAGCCUUGGAAGCCCAGAUGCUCUUGCUGGAAGAGGAGGAACGUUUGAAGGAAAAUGAGUUGAAAGAGCAAGAAGAACUUCAACGUCAGGAGCUUGCCGAGCAGCAGCGCAAACUGGAAAUGAAGAGGAACUUAAUGGAAGAAGAAGCGAGACUCCGAGAAGUGGGACUAUCGAAGCAAAAGGAUCUGCAGGAGAAAAUGAUGACGCUGCGACGGGAAUCCAUGGAAAAGAAAAAGGAACUGUUGCGGCAGCAAGCAGAACUGAGUGAAUGUUCGUCAUCGUCUCGGAUCUCUAAGUCCGAAAGGAUAAAAAAUUGGAUUUCUUCACAACAAAAGACAGAGGGAGACGAUUUGGCUGACCAUGCAGCACGGAUCUCCACGUCAAAUUCCGUUACAGUGAAUCCAGCAACGCCACUCCAUCAAAGCAGACGCGUAUCAAGUCCGUCGAUUCCGCAACUUGCAAACCUUUCGUUGCAUGAUGAUGACCACAGCAUCACGAACCCAGCGUUACCGACUGCAUACAUGCAAAUUGCCGCGCGUCAGGUAACGGGCAAGGAUCUUCCGGUAUUCAGCGGUAAUCCGGAGGACUGGCCCAUGUUCAUCCGAACAUACGAAGAAACGACAAUCGCCUGUGGAUUCUCAGACGUGGAGAACUUGGUUCGUCUCCAGAAAUGUCUACGUGGGAAUGCGCUGGAGACGGUCCGCAGCCGACUUAUGAUGCCAGCCGGCGUACCGCAUGUGAUCAAAACCUUGCAAAUGCGCUUCGGCCGACCGGAACUUAUCAUUCGAUCAUUACUCGAACGUGUGCGUCGCGUACCAGCACCCAAAUCGGAACGACUAGACACGCUUAUUGACUUCGGGCUCGCCGUGGAAAACUUAGUCGUUCACCUGCAAGCAGCGAAGCAGGAAAAUCAUUUGACCAACCCCGUUUUACUACAAGAGCUGAUCUCGAAAUUACCGGCACAGCUGAGAUUGGAUUGGGCCAGGUACAAGCUACUACACCAAGACAACACUCUGGUAUCAUUUGGCGAAUUUAUGAACGAACUCAUUCAGGCGGCCAGCGAAGUGUCAUUCGAUCUACCAGUUAGUUCACCGGCAAGGGCAGAAAAGCCAAGAGACAGAGAAAAGGCAUUUGUUUACGCCCACGAUGCCGUAGAGACGGAAUCGAGGAAUAACGGUGUGAUGAGAAAAAUACCGAAGCCGUGUAUCGUAUGCGGUGCUACAGGUCAUCGACUAGCGGAGUGUGAAGAAUUUGAGGCAAAGGGCAUCCAGGAACGUAUGCAGAUAGUGCGUCAGCAUAAUUUGUGUCGAACGUGUUUAAAUUUUCACCAAAAGUGGCCCUGUCGAACCUGGCAAGAUUGCGGUAUGGAGGGAUGCCGUGAAAAACACCACUUUCUCCUUCAUCCACCAACGCCCACGAGUUCCACGCAUCUCUCAUCCAGCCAUACAGCAGUUAUCAGCCAAAACUGUGACCGUUAUCCAUACUUCCGCAUAUUACCCGUCGUCGUAUCCUUCGCAGGCAAACAGGAAACAAUAUUUGCUUUCGUCGAUGAGGGGUCCUCUUCGACACUCUUGGACCAUUCAAUUGCAGAACAGCUGGGUUUGGACGGUCCGAAAGAGCCAUUGACGCUACAGUGGACUGGCAACGUGGCACGCCAAGAAUCGAAAUCAAAAAGGGUACGCUUCCAAAUUGCUGGAGCCGGAAAAGGCGCUGUGUUCCAGAUAGAAGGCGCUCAUACAGUUGAACGACUGCUGCUACCGAAACAAUCUCUUUCGUAUGGUGCUCUCGCUGAACGUUAUCCACAUUUGCGUGGUUUGCCAAUUGCUGACUACGAACAGGCGGAACCUAAAGUUCUUAUCGGACUUGACAAUUUGAGGCUAUGCAUUCCGCUGAAGAUUCGGGAAGGAUACCACCACGAGCCUAUCGCCGCUAAGUGCAGAUUAGGCUGGACGAUCUACGGUUACAGUGCAUGUGCUCCAAGGCCAACGGUUUCGAUUAAUUUUCACGCGCCAGCUGCAUCGGAUGUUGACUACGAAUUGAACGAGCAACUCAACGAUUACUUCUCGCUGGAUCAAUUAGGAACCAAGCCAGUUGGUGAAGUUCCCGAAUCAGAAGAGGACAAACGAUCUAGGAUGAUUUUGGAGAAAACGACUCGCAGAGUGUCGGGUAGAUUUGAGACCGGUCUAUUGUGGAAGUCUGAUGACAUCGUUUUUCCCGAUAGCUUUCCGAUGGCGGUCCAAAGGCUCAAAUCUCUGGAGAGAAAGUUAUCCAGGGAGCCGUCUCUUCGAGCUCGCGUCCAUGAAAAAAUAGAAGAAUAUGUGGCCAAGGGAUAUUGUCAUCGAGCGAGUCUCACCGAGCUGGAUUCCGUCGACUGCACACGAGUCUGGUAUCUCCCGUUGUGUGUGGUGGUUAACCCAAAAAAGCCGCACAAAGUGCGGGUCGUCUGGGACGCGGCGGCGAAAGUUAACGGUGUAUCGUUUAAUUCAGCUUUGCUUAAGGGCCCUGAUCUGUUGACUAGCAUCGUUUGCGUUCUUUAUCAUUUCCGAGAGCACAGGGUAGCAGUGACUGGGGACAUAGAAGAAAUGUUUCUUCGCAUCCUCAUACGCCCUCAAGAUAGUCAGUCCCAACGAUUCUUGUGGAGAGGUAACGCCGAAGCUGCUCCCUCCGUGUAUAUCAUCGAUGUUGCCACUUUUGGAUCGACCUGUUCCCCCAGUUCGGCCCAAUUUGUGAAAAACACCAAUGCAAUGGAGCAUAUGGAAUCGUUUCCCAGAGCGUCUACGGCAAUUAUUAGAUAUCACUAUGUGGAUGACUAUUUAGACAGCUUCGAAACGGAAGAAGAAGCUAUUGAAGUAGUUCAACAAGUGAAAUCCAUUCAUUCCACCGGAGGUUUUAACCUACGGAACUUCCUGUCCAAUUCCGAUGCGUUGCUGACGGCAAUUGACGGCAUUUCCGAUGAAGAUGCGAAACAGUUAAGUGUAUCACGAGCUGAAAAAGUUGAGUCGGUGUUGGGCAUGAAAUGGAACCCAUCCAAAGAUGUGUUCAUCUACACAUUGACUUUCCGCGAAGAACUGGAUAAAGUCAUUCAACCCUCACACGUCCCAACCAAGCGAGAAAUGCUCAAGCUUGUCAUGAGCCUUUUUGAUCCCCUCGGAUUCAUGACUUUUUACUUGAUACACGGAAGAGCGCUGAUUCAGGACGUUUGGGCAACUGGAGUUGACUGGGACGUUCCGAUCAACAACGACUUGUGUCAACGAUGGCGGCAAUGGAUCAGCUACCUACCUCGGCUGAGUGACGUAACGAUUCCUCGAUGCUAUUUCCGUAGCCAAAUGAACGGUCGAAAGCAGUUACAUAUAUUUGUGGACGCCAGUGAUGCUGCUUACGCAUGCGUAGCGUAUCUUCGUGCGCACGGAACCCGAGGAGUAGAAGUAGCAUUGGUGGGAGCUAAAAGUAAGGUGGCGCCGCUUAAAGUGUUGUCCGUGCCUCGUUUAGAGCUGAUGGCUGCGGUCAUUGGUGCUCGGAUGGCAGAUUCAGUGGCCGCUUCGCAUUCCUACGAUAUCGCGGAAACCUACUUCUGGACAGACUCCUCUACAGUCCUAGCUUGGAUCAACUCGGAUCAUAGAAAGUAUCACAAGUUUGUUGGAGUCAGAAUCGGAGAAAUUCUUGCACUGACGAAGAUGAACCAAUGGAGAUGGGUACCUACGAAACAAAACCCAGCGGACGACGCUACGAAAUGGGGGAAUGGUCCGUGCUUCGACCCCAGGAAUCGUUGGUUUUGUGGCCCAUCCUUUCUCUUUCAACCAGAAGCGGAGUGGCCAACAAACACGAAAGCCGUUUCCACCAACAACGAGCUUAAUUGUACUCACAACAUACAUCAUGUUACCCCGAUAGCACUGCAUGAGUUCUCGCGAUUCAGUAAAUGGGAACGAUUACUAAGGACUCAAGCGUAUGUGUUCAGAUUCAUAAACAACGUUCGCUGUCGUAAAAACGGGCAGUGCAUUGAAACCGGAUUCCUGAAUCAAGAAGAGCUGAAGCGCGCCGAGAAGGAACUGUGGAAGCAAGCCCAAGCAGAAGCUUAUAGUCAAGAGCGAAGAAUUUUGAUGGAAACCCAGGGUAGCCCGGACAUUCGUCAUCGUUUAGUUCCAAAAUUGAGCCCACUAUACAAGCUAUGGCCCUACAUCGACCGGGACGGAGUAAUCAGGAUGCGAGGUCGAAUCGGUGCCGCAUGGUAUGCUAGUUCCGACGCCAAGUACCCGAUUAUACUACCAAAAUCACAUCAAGUAACAUUGCUCCUCGUGGAUUAUUACCAUCGACGCUACCACCACGCUAAUCACGAGACGGUGGUGAAUGAGAUGAGGCAACGAUUCGAAAUAUCUCAUUUACGCACGGUUGUCAAACAGACAGCCCGAAGAUGCGUUAGAUGUCACAUUCAAACUGCUGUUCCUCGACCUCCUCCUAUGGCAUCGCUUCCGGAACAACGCUUAACGCCCAUGGUAAGACCCUUCACGUUUGUUGGACUGGAUUAUUUUGGACCGCUUACAGUUAAGGUCGGUCGUACUCAAGUCAAACGUUGGAUAGCACUUUUCACGUGCCUUACGGUACGGGCCAUACACCUCGAAGUGGUACAUAGUUUGUCCAGCGAAUCGUGUGUGUUGGCUAUCCGGCGCUUCAUAGCUCGCCGGGGGGCGCCGGCAGAGUUCUUUAGCGACAACGGCACUAGUUUCGUAGGGGCUAGCAAACAGUUACAGCAAGAAAUUGCAAUGCGAAACGAAAUUUUAGCCAGCACAUUCACGAAUACAAAUACGCGAUGGAAUUUCAAUUCCCCGGGUGCUCCACAUAUGGGGGGCGUAUGGGAGCGCUUAGUGCGCUCGGUUAAAAAUGCCAUUGGUAUGAUCAUCGAUACACCACAUCGACCGACUGAUGAGCUGCUUGAAACGAUCCUGUUCGACGCCGAAGCCAUGAUCAACUCUCGACCACUGACAUAUAUACCACUAGAAACUGCUGAUGAGGAGUCGCUGACACCAAACCAUUUUUUGUUGGGUAGUUCUUCCGGCGUCAAGCAACCACCCUCCGAGUUGGGAUCCCGUAUCAACUUGCGAAGCUGCUGGAAUCAGGCCCAACAUUCAACGGACACCAUAUGGAAACGUUGGAUUAAGGAGUAUCUGCCUGUAAUUACUCGACGCUGCAAAUGGUUUGAUGAAGUCCGCGAUAUCCAAGAAGGAGACCUGGUUCUGAUUGUUGAAACAUCGAUGAGGAACCGCUAUGUACGAGGACGAGUCGAAAAGGUAUUUCCGGGACGAGAUGGACGAGUGCGUCAAGCGUUAGUGCGCACAGCAACUGGGGCGUACAAGAGACCAGCCGCGAAGCUUGCAUUACUCGACGUAGGGUCACGUGGUAAACCUGGAAUCGAUUCUUCGGAUUGAUCAUCGUCACCAGCCUUUACGGGUGGGGGGAUGUUACGGCAAGUAGCAAGCCCCUCGGCCGAAUCAGUAACUUGGUUACAGCAGGGCAUCGAUAUUGAGUAUGUAUAGGUAGAAGAUAAGAGAUGACAGGGGAGAUAAAGGUUCUGUCAAACAUAGUGACUAGCACUUUUGAUCAUUUUGUUAUUACUGGUCGCAAUAGGUGAAAUUUAUUACAGAAAAGUUGAAUUAGUGUCGGAAUUAAAGAACCUGAUCGGAAUUUCUUUUCACAUACGGGUCAGAAUUUGUUGCACGAAGUUGUAUUAACCCAGAUAUCGCUGGUUGGACAUCAAGGCAAUUGAGAGCCAGUGGUGCUUCCCGAAACAGUAAGCUAGUUGAUUUCUUUCUCAUUAGAUAAUUAGAAAACCGCAAUUUAUUGGAUACAUUUUAUUUAGCCUGGAAACCCAUGUAUAGUUGCCGAACCCAGAACGGUCUAAAAACUCAUCCCACGGUAGAACACCAAAACUGUGAGUCAAACCUUUGUAACACUAUCGAUCCUAACCAAUAACUCAAUAAAACCAUUCUAGCUUAAAGCGUUCAACCCUAAUAUAAGUGUUUGCUACAAAGAUUUGGUGACCGACCGUACAGUAACCUUUUUCAGACAUUUUUAGGAUUUUUCAAAUGUUCUACAAACUUAUUAUAUAUGAUAAAAUGCAUGUUUUCUUUAAAGACGACAAAGUUCUAUCUUCAAUACUUUUUGAGUUUUUUUUUAAAUUUCAGUUACGAACUAAAAUAUUUCAUAGCUCAAUUUUACUGUCAAGGAAGCAAACGUCCAGCCUGAGUUGCAACAAAAUUUACACCUAUUAUAAACUUCUUUCAUAUUCAAUUGAAAAAUCUUGCCCCAUUUUGCCUCUGUAAUUAUCACAAAGCCGUAAAAAAACUAUUUUUUAAAAUAAAUUAUUGAAUAGCUCAAAAACUAUCAAAGAUACAAUGUUGCCGUCUACAGGAGAAACACGUAUUUCGUCAUACUAAAUAACUUUGUAGAAUAUUUGAAAAUUCCCAAAAAUGUCUGGAAAAAGUUACAACAAAAAAAACUGAUUUUAACGGGUUAUUCACAAAUAAUGGCCCAUAUCUCUAGAAAUUGAGCAGAUAGAGCAAAAGUUUGUUCGGCAAGUUUUCUCAUAACGACAUUUUCUACAACUUUGCUGAAGACAUAAAUACGCUAUCUUCACUUAUGAAAAAAAUCGAAUUUCUAUCUCACUUUUAGGUGGAAUAAUCACAUUAGUGAUACUUCCAAAAGAAGGGCUCUGAUAUACCAAACAACUUCUUCGAAGACACCGAAUCUCUAAAAUCAAUUUUUCAUGCCCAAAACAAUUUCGAUCACGAAAUUGGGCCUUUGGAAACAGUGUGCGGCGGGAGAGCUUAUUUUCACUAUUUUGCUUGAGGAACACUUUUCCCCUCCAGCACUUCUUUCGAGAGCAGCGAUUCAUGAUAACUGAAAAUCGCUUCAACCUGCAGAUAAUUUCUUUUCGUUCUGUUAAAUUUUCUCUCUCCCAAUUUUCACGAAAAUCUUUUCAAAGCAGAUUAACAAAAAUUGUCGCGGGCACAAUUCGAACCUGGAACAUUACUUAAACAUAUGCGAUACGCGCACUCUAUCCACACCACCACGCCAACCACACAGAGGGUGUAGAAAAUAUAAUGCAUAAAACCAAUCAUCGUCGGCGUCAUAUGAGUCAAGGAAAGACAACAUAAUCGGCCGACAAAGGGCAAACGAAAUUCUCGCACCUUUGGGAGUGAGUGAAAAAAUGUUUACGCUCUGCUAUUUGUGCGGGAGAUUUCUCAAGCCAGAUUUUCGCUGAAAAUUGGCGUGAGGGAGAAUUCUAUUUUCGUGAGAAUGAGCGAAAAUUCCGACCGCUGUGCUUUACACACGGAUACGACGAUGUGCACAAUCAAAUCGAUGAUAGAGACGACGCGGCCCACCCGAAUGAAAAAAGCAGCAGUUCCACUUUGCUUCCUAUAUCACACUAAACCGACUUCACGCGGGUACGACUACACUCAGCGAAGUAAACUACCGAAAUUCAUCAAAAUACCUUAUGAAAUUAAGCCAUAACUGUAAAGUAUGGAUGCCAUAUAAGAAUACCUUAUGCAAAUUGAACAUGCUUAUUAUGACCCAAUUACAUAAGAUAAACUUAUGAAAAGAGCAGAAAAAUCACAAAAUGAUGCAGACUGGAAUCGAUCCAUGAACGUCGAGAUCACUGAGCUCGUGCCCAACCCACGCGGCUAUCGACGCUUGAGAAUAUCGUGUUGCUAAAUGUGUAUAAAAGCCAAACGGUGAGUCGAUUCUGCGUCACAGACCUACCUUAUAAAAAUCGUUCUUGCCGUUAUGAAUUGUUUAAAGGCCAUUUCAUAAGUUAGACCUUAUGAUAUUCUUAGGUUUAUUUGCCUGAGUGUAUGUGCACAUUCAAAUCGACGACGACGACGACGACGACGCUACGACAGCAACCGAGCACAACAAACCACAACAGCCUAAAACCCCUCAUUUGUCGGCGCACGGAUUUUUUUUUCUUCCCGACCGGCGAGCCCAAACUAACACUUUUCACUGGUGAUGCUUUGCCGUAGCAUCACCAGCCAGAAUGCCGUUUGCGCGCGAACCUGAAACCCACACACUUAUCGGCACUUGGAUUUUUCCCCCACCGGCGAGCCUGAGCUAACACUUUUCACUCAGUACUUGAGACUCAUGAUUAUCGUGUAAAAUGGACAACGCCCAUAUAUUUACUAGGGUGCGGGCACCGGUUUUGGCCAGUCUAAGGGAAAUCAUUUUUAUAAAAAUAACCAAUAAUCCUAUGAAAACAACCAAUGCGUAAAAAGAAAGGCUUCAAUCUAUAUUUUGAAGGAAAAAUGCAGAAAUCAUGCCAAUACUUGAUUUUUGUAUUAAAAGUGGCACUGGCCAAAAUAGAAGCUCUGCCGCAGUUUUGGCCAUAUUCUUAAGUUUGGUUUCUAUUUUGGCCAAUCACGUGUAUUUCUUAUGGGAGUGGCCAAAUUAGAAGCACCCUGGCCAAAAUAGAUAUAUGGGAGCAGAUUUUUUAAGGAAAUAUAUUUUUUUCUUCCAGUUUUUAAUCAAAAUGUGUGGUUUUCACAGCUGUAAUCAUCAUAUUGUAUUAGGAUCUACUAGUAAAAAAUAAAUUUACGCCGAUUUAGAUCGCAACAGGCUCAAUACCGCACUAUGGCCAAAACUCCGGACUGGCCAAAACUGAAGCUUCUACCCUAUGUUAAUCAGUUUUGGCCUUAGUGAGUUAUUUUGGCAAUAUGCAAGGUUUUUCAAAAAUAUUUUUGUCCGGUUCUGGCAUUUUUUCUACAUGUAGGUAUGUAGAUUCAAAGCUCAUUUAG